AGUGUCAUGAACUGUACAAGGUUUUAAAUGGGUGUAGUUUUCUUCCUCACCACCAGGGGGUCAUAGUGUGCUCCAUGGGUGCUAUAAAAGCUGAGGAAGUAGUAGAGUGAGACAGAGGACAGCAUGGUGUGCCUUGUGUUACUUCUCUGUACUGGGAGAUCAUCCUUAUUGAGAAACUUGGUUGUUUGCUGCUCAAUUAAGGAUUUUGGUUAUGGGCUUCCUUUUCCUUAUACCUCAACUCAUGCUAUGGGAAUAAUGUGGAGGUGCUAUCAUUGAAGAAGAGACUGAUGUACCUGGGCCUAUGGGACACUUCAUGUUAUGUGUCUGGACUUUAUCACAACAAUCAGUAUUCUUUACAAUUAUAAGGGUUUCUGUGGUUUAUUUUACCUUGGGUUAAUGUUUGAUUUCUACUACUGUUGUUUUAUUUCAUUUUUGUGUUUUUUUUGUGUAUGGUAGCAAUGGAAAUCUAUGUAGUAUAGAACUGUAUUGACAAGUGUUGGUUUUGGAUAUGUUAUGUUUGAAACAAAACAAGAACUUAAUUGGCAAACAUGUUUGAGAGAAAUCUUUAUUGAUGUAGCUGAGUGUAAUAUGAAGAAAUACAGUUGAUCCCUCCUUCUAAAAAUUGUAUAGCUGUUUUUUUGUUUGAGAGAUAGAGAAUCAGUUAUAGAUGGCGCCCGAACAGGGACAAAUCUGUAUUCAUUCUUAAUUACUCUGGUAUGCAGAAUAAGAAAUGGAAGACUUAAGUCCUGGUGAGAAGGAUGAGAGCGUGCCCAAUCCUGAUUUUACAGCUGGCCCAUUUGUGACACGUAGAGAACCUGUUAAAGAACUCAUAAAUACAUUGAGUGAGCUGUAUAUUAAUUCUGAAGAGGACGAUUCCAUUGCAGAUCCAGAUCCACCACCUCAUUCUACAACGCCUCUACUACCUGAUGAAAGGGAGGAAGCUGACUUGAACUUGUCCCUACAGGCAGUAAUAGAGGAGUUAAAAGGACGGGUUGUCAGCCUGGAGAAGUGCAGUGCAGAUUGUAUUCAGAAGGUGAGCCAGUGCUGUUCACAAGCAGAUCUUGAUGUUCAGUGUAGAUCCCUGGAGGAAAAGUUGGCCUAUCACAUCGACAGAGAGUGUGACAGAGUUAAACAAAUCGUAGAACUGAGUAUACAAGACUUGGGGAAGUCUAUGGUCGACUGUCUAAAAAGGAGAGAUCUACAGAUUGAUAACAAGCUAAGGUCGUGGGUACCAGUAACAUCAACUCCAGUAUCUAUAUCUGCUCCUGAGCAGUAUUCGACCAUAACACGUCCAGGUGUGAGGAAGACCCAUGCCAUUCCAUCAUCUCAGCAUUUAUUAGCCAACACUGAAACUGUACCUGCACCCACGUAUCUUCCCCCUGUUAAAGUAGAGUUUCCCCAUUUUGGAAGUGAGGGAGAGACUGAUCCGGUGUCUUUUGUCGAGCGGUGUGAAGAAUAUUUGGCCAUUCGACCCUUGAGUGACUCUGAAAUUCUCGCUGCUCUUACUUCAGUAUUGAAGGGUACGGCAAAAGAUUGGUGGUUAGCAGAGAAAAGAACUGUAUUGACAUGGAAUCAGUUUAAAGAAAUAUUUCUUCGCUCAUUUUUAAAUGACGAUUAUGAAGCUGAAGCUGAAAGAAGGCUGCUGGAGAGGAAACAGGGGUCUAAAGAGAGUAUACGUGACUUUGCAUUCCAUUACAGGGCAUUGUGCCUAAGAUGGAAGAAGGACAUGCCAGAGAGAGAAAUGGUACAAGCCAUAUUAAGAAACUGUAAUCCUCGUCUUGCCAGCUUGUUACGUGGAACAGUGAGAGAUGUUAGUGAAUUGGUCAGGAUAGGGACCCAAAUUGAGAAAGAUUUUGAAGAAUCCAAACGAUAUUGGAGCCAGGCUAAUUCUGAGUUGCAGAAGAAAAAGACUCCCAAUGAUCGAGACCCUUCAGUCUGA